CUUUCUGUGAGGGGCAGCCGGCCAACAGUCCCCGCUCAGGCCUCUCCUCGCUCGGCGACCCGCUUCUCCCGCCAGGGCCCCAUUCGGACGCUUUCCCUUCCCUCACAAUUCCCCUGAGGCCAGAAAUUAUUAUUAUUAUUAUGAUGGGCGGCUACGUCGGGAUGAGCCCGCCGCCUUCGGCUUCCCGGAGCCCGGCAGCGGGUCGGGCUUGAGGAGGCGAGCGAGACCCGUCGGGGAGAGAUCCCCAUCCCGGUUGCCCGGGCGGGAGAAAUGCCGCCCCGCCAGAACCGCUCUUUGGGUGUCCCGGAAGCAGCGCGCUGAGGGGCAGUGGAUUCCUCACCCGACAAGAUCCCGAAUGCGAAGGUUGGCGGGGAAGAUCGCGAAGGAUCCGCAGUUGCUGUAGGUGGCAGGCAAGCUGGUCUUUCCAACAUACGCAGACGGGAGAGGAAGAAACGCCGAGGUCCAGAUCAAGCCAUCUGUUCCAGAAGGGGCCCGGGGCUUUGGAACACCAAUUAAUAUGGAAAUAUAUAUUUUCACAAGAGGGGAUGAAUGUCAACAUGUCAGUGAGUUCAUAGGCCAUUAGGGCAGUUUGAAUGCUGGCUAGAAUUCUGAUGGAUCGUCUUUUUUAAUAUAUAUAUAUACAUAUACACAAUGUGGAUUCUUUAUAAACGGCUUCCUGUGAGUAGCUAUACUUCAUCUCUUCCGAAUUCCUCACAUCGGGUUUGCUGAAUUGGUGGGAUUCUGCUCUCCCAGCCCUUUUUAAGAGUUUUGAUAAAAUGGAGUCUUUAUAUACUUCCAUCAGUAAAACACCAUACUGAUCAAAUUCAAAAGACCGUUUUGCUGCAUCACCGAAACAUUUGAAAGGCACUUUGUUUUGCUUUCCACUUUGGGGUUGCUAAAUGUGAUCCUCACCAAGGCAAGCGGUUCUUUCUCCUUUCUAAGGUUACUUUCUUCUUCUUCUUCAAAAUGAAGAAAUUUAAUUUCCACAAAGUUUUGGAUGGUUUAACUUCAUCCCCGGGUGGAAGCAGCGGCAGUGGCCCUGGGCCUGGCAGUGGUCCUGUGCACCCAGGAGGAACUGCAGGGACUCCCAGAGAGGAAAUCCAGGAGAAUCUCACUUCAGACUAUUUUCAGUUAAGCAAGACAGUUCGCCAUGGGUUUCCUUAUCUUCCCACUGCCUUAGCUUUUGACCCAGUUCAGAAGAUUCUGGCUAUAGGGACAAGAACAGGUGCUAUUCGAAUAUUGGGCAGACCGGGUGUUGAUUGUUAUUGCCAACACGAAGGUGAUGCUGCAGUUCUGCAGCUUCAGUUUUUGAUCAAUGAGGGUGCUUUGGUCAGUGCAAGUUCAGAUGACAUGCUCCACUUGUGGAAUCUAAGGCAGAAACGGCCAGCGAUUCUUCAUUCACUGAAAUUUAACAGAGAAAGAAUUACUUUCUGUCACUUACCAUUCCAAAGCAAAUGGCUCUAUGUUGGAACAGAGAGAGGAAAUACUCACAUUGUGAACAUUGAGUCGUUCAUACUUUCUGGAUACGUUAUCAUGUGGAACAAGGCCAUAGAACUAUCCACAAAGACUCAUCCUGGCCCCGUGGUGCACCUAAGCGAUAGCCCAAGAGAUGAAGGGAAAUUGUUGAUAGGCUAUGAAAAUGGGACUGUGGUAUUCUGGGACUUGAGAUCCAAAAGAGCAGAUUUAAGACUAUACUACGAUGAGGCUAUUCAUUCUAUUGGAUGGCAUAAUGAAGGGAAGCAGUUUAUGUGUAGUCAUUCUGAUGGCAGCUUGACGUUGUGGAAUCUAAAAAGUCAAAGCAGACCUUUCCAGAUAAUUGUUCCUCACGGUAAGAUUCAACGAGAUGGGAAAAAAGUUGAAUCUUGUAAACCAAUUCUUAAAGUAGAAUACAAGACCUGUAAAAAUAGUGAGCCUUUUAUCAUUUUUUCUGGUGGACUUUCUUAUGACAAACCUUGGAGAAGACCUAGUCUGACAAUCAUGCAUGGAAAAGCAAUUACAGUACUUGAAAUGGAUCACCCCAUUGUCGACUUUUUAACUCUUUGUGAAACUCCGUACCCAAAUGAAGUGCAAGAACCCUACGCUGUAGUUGUACUAUUGGAAAAAGAUCUCAUUGUCGUCGAUCUGACUCAAAGCAACUUUCCAAUAUUUGAAAAUCCUUAUCCCAUGGACAUUCAUGAAUCACCAGUUACCUGCACAGACUAUUUUGCUGACUGUCCUCCAGAUUUGAUUCCUGUGCUAUAUUCCAUAGGCGCUAAGCAUAAGAAGCAAGGAUACAGCAAUAAGGAGUGGCCAAUCAGUGGCGGAGUGUGGAACCUCGGAGCACAGACGUAUCCUGAAAUUAUCAUAACAGGUCAUGCAGAUGGAACAGUGAAAUUUUGGGAUGCUUCUGCCAUUACACUGCAGAUGUUAUACAAGUUAAAAACCUCAAAGGUUUUUGAAAAGCAGAAGGUAGAAGGAAAACCAACGCCAGAAAACACAGAAGAGGAUCCUUUUGCCAUCCAGUUGAUGUACUGGUGCCCUGAAAGUAGACUAUUUUGUGUAGCUGGAGUCUCUGCAUAUGUUAUCGUUUACAGAUUCAGCAAGCAUGAAGUUAAUACUGAAAUCUCAUCUUUAGAGGUGCACCUCCAAAGUGAGGCCGAAGAUAUCAUUAGUCCCGAGGCAGAAAUGAUUCCUCCCUUUCCAAAUGCCUCUACCCCUCUUCCAUCUUUAAAAGAUCUCUCAGGCAGUACAAACACUGUGGCAUCUGAAGGAACGAUGAAGGACAGUAUCCCAUGUCUCAGUGUUAAGACUCGUCCUGUGAGAAUGCCUCCUGGUUACCAAGCGGUCCUUGUUAUUCAGUUGGUGUGCGCUGAUGGCGACUCUCCCCAACAGAUAACCAGCCUAGCAGCAAACUCCGCAUACGGCUUAGUUGCCUUUGGAAACUGCAAUGGUUUGGCUGUUGUGGAUUUUAUGCAGAAGACCACACUGCUGAGCAUGGGGAGUCUUGAGCUCUAUGGGUCAAGCGAUCCUUAUCAGCGCCAGCCUCGUUCUCCGCGCAGAAGCAAGCAGUUCACUGCAGACAACUUUUGCAUGCGUGGCCUGUCUAACUUUUAUCCUGAUUUAACGAAACGGAUCCGUACUUCCUAUCAGAGUCUUACUGAGCUAUCAGAUGGUCCAGUGUCUUUGGAGCUGGAAAGAUGCAAGUCUCCCACAACUUCAGAUCACAUAAACGGACACUGUACAAGUCCAACUUCCCAAAGCUGCAGCUCUGGAAAAAGGAUGUCUAGUGCAGAUGUUUCAAAAAUAAACCGCCGUGGUUCUGGAAAGCCUCCAUUUAGGAAAGUGCAAUCUGCUGCUUGCAUGGAGAUUUCUUUGCCAGUCACAACGGAAGAAACCAGAGAGAACUCCAUCAGCCAUUCUCGAAGCUCCAGUGUCUCCAGUAUAGACAAAGAAUCUAAAGAAGCAAUUACAGCAUUGUAUUUCACAGAGUCCUUUUCACGGAAAAAUGACACAACAGUGUCUCCUUGCCUUUGGGUUGGUACAGGCCUCGGUAUGGUCUUGACGAUAUCCCUUAACCUGCCCACUGCAGAUGAAUUGAGGCAGACGGAGCCGGUAGUCGUUUCUCCAAGCGGUACCGUUCUGUCACUGAAGGGCGCAGUGUUAACGUUUGGUUGCUUGAGCUGCACAGGGACCCUAAUACACCCACCCUAUGAAACAUGGAGAGAUCCAAACAGCACCGACGAAAAUGAAAGAACAAGAAAAAGAAAACUCGUCAUGCAUUCUCCCUGCUCGUCCCAGGACAUGGGAGACCACCAGUUUGCUGUUGUCUGUUCAGAGAAACAAGCCAAAGUUUUUUCACUGCCUUCCCAGAUCUGCCUCUACGUUCACAAUAUCACAGACACCUCCUUUCUCUUGCGAGCCGAUGUGGUGACCAUGUGUAACAGUGCUUGCUUGGCAUGCUUCUCUGCCCAUGGGCAUAUCAUGAUACUGAGUUUACCCAGCCUCCGCCCAUUGCUAGAUGUUCAUUAUUUGCCUGUAACAGACAUGAGGAUUGCCCGGACCUUUCGUUUUACCAACGAAGGACAAGCAUUGUAUCUUAGUUCUCCCACAGAAGUUCAGAGAUUGAACUACAGCCAAGAGAUGUUUGACAAUCUGCAGGACAUGCUUGGGGAGUUGUUCACUCCGGUGGAAACUCCGGAGGCUCAGUACAGAGGCUUUCUGAAGGGGCUGUUUGGUGGAACUGGAGGCACACUCGACAGAGAAGAGCUCUUUGGCGAGGCUACGGCAGGAAAAGCAUCUCGCAGUCUUGCUCAGCACAUCCCCGGAUCGGGUGGCGUCGAAGGGGUGAAAGGAGCCGCGGGCAGCGCAAUUGGAGAGCUGGCUCGGGCGCGCAUUGCUCUGGAUGAGAGGGGGCAGAAACUGGGGGAACUCGAUGAAAGGACGGCGAGAAUGAUGGCCAGUGCAGAAGCUUUCUCCAAACAUGCACAUGAGGUAAUGUUGAAAUACAAGGACAAAAAAUGGUACCAGUUUUGACUUUUAACCACAAAGAAGCAAGACUUCUGUGUACUGAGAACAGGAGUCAAAGGACCUUGAGGCCUUAUUCUAAAAAUCCAGUCGUUGGGCAGAAGCAGCUCCUUGAAAUCCCUUUCACACUAGAGGAUCAAGCGAGAACUUUUUCAGAGACCUAGACGUGGUGGGUCUUUGUAAUCAAGUCUACACUGAGUCUCUUCCUCCCAACUCCCACCGGAACAAUCAUCUUUAACAGGUAAUGAUUUCACUGCAAUUAGGUUUGAACUGUGGGGAGGCCUGUCGACAGUUUAAAAUGUCCUGUACAAAAUAGAUUGUUAAUGCAUUUAAACUUUAAAACUUUGCAUGACUAAUUGACUUCUCAUACAACAAAAGGCGCAAAAGCAAAGCAUGCUGUGAUUGAAGAAAAGGGAUUUCCUUCUAAGUUCCACAAAAGAAAUAAGCAGCAACACUUUCUUUUUAAAGCAAAGAAGUCAGUACAUCUCAAGCAUGUUGCUCUCGACAGACAAUGCCCUGCAUUCCUCUCAUUUGACAUUCCUUUUCUGUAGACAAUCUUAGUUUGAAAACACUUGUGCAUUUCAUUAGUCGAAAAAUAAAGUAAGAUUAAACUUC